GCGGCGGCGGCGACAGGAGCCCGAGGGUCCGUAUGGCCGCUCCCCACCGGCGGGUGGUGCGCGCCAAGGAGCUCGCCAUUGGAGCCUCGGUCUCGAAGCGGCUCUGAGCCCCACCGUCUGCGGGGUUCGACCUAGCCAUUCCGCGGAGCCGCGGGCCGGACCCGAGGAGCAGAAGGAGGUGGCGCCGGCGGCCGCUGUUCCUCCCAGAGGGCGAUGUGGCCGGCCGGAGCGGGCACCAAGCUGCCCUGUCCCCGGGACUCUGCGCUCCGGCGGGCAGCUUUCUCCGGGAACCUCACCGCCUUGCCUUCUCACCUCGUACCCGCCGGCCGCAGCGUCCGGGUGUUCAUCAGUGCCAAUCCUGAAGACACGGGAGCAGAAAGACAGGCACUAAGAGAAAAUGUGUAUCCUAAACUGAGAGAAUUCUGCAGAGAAAACUAUGGAUUGGAAUUUCAGGUCAUAGAUCUGUACUGGGGAGUUGAAGAAGAUGAAUGGGACAACCCAGAGCUCCAGAAGAUCCGCAUGAAGCUGCUAGAGGAUUGUUUGAAAACUUCUGCAGGUCCAUGUUUUGUUGGACUACUAGGUGAAAAAUAUGGAAACAUCCGAAUCCCUGGAGAAGUCGAAGCCUCGGAGUUUGAAAUGAUUUGGGAUGCUGCCGUAGAGGCAAAGCUGGAUACCAAAUUACUGGAAGAGUGGUUCUGUCGAGAUGAGAACUCAGUGCCAGCAGCUUAUUACCUCAGACCCAAAUUGGAAAUGCUGAAAAGCAAUAAACAUUCAACGCAGCCCUCUGCCAGUGCUGAAAAUGAGAAGAAAUGGCAAGAGAUAUCAGAUGAGAUCAAGAAGAUAUUUAAGACUUCUGUAAAACUGUUACAUGAAAAGGGGAAAAUGAAACACAGCCAAGCUAAGAGGUACCUUUUCUCAGCUAUAGAGGAUGAGUUUGACUUCGCUCUAGGAAAGCAAACUCCAGCAUUCCUAAAGAAAUGUGUUUGCUACAUUAGGAAAAUUGCUAACAUUGAGCGUUUUGUGAAAAUCCCAGAGAUGGGAAAAUACAUGGAUAUAACUGGAACAGAACCAAGGAUUAUUCGUGACCCAGAAGCCCAAGAGAAGCUCUUAAAACUCAGGGAUGAAUUUAUUCCUACCAUUGUUGCGUCAUCUAAUCUGAGAGUGUACACAUCUGUUACUCAUUGUGAUAUGAAACUAGGCUAUUCCCAAGAAAUAGAAAAUCAUUACAUAGAAGGGCUGGGUAAGCAAUUUUAUGAGGACAUGAUUGAUAUCAUUCAAGCAACAGUACAACAGAAUUUUGACACUGAAACUGAUACACUCUAUGAUGAAAUCCUCCAGCAUUCAUCAUUAUGUAAAACAUAUGCCUCCUUCUACGAGUACAAAAGUGAAUCUCUAAACAUAGUGCAUAAAUACAUUCUUCCAAGCAAAACUGGGCACAUAAACCCUCUUAUUAUAUAUGGUGGACCAUGCACUGGAAAGACUCUUCUGCUAGCUGAAGUAGCAAAAAAGGCUUAUGGCUGGCUACAUGGAGAAACAGGACCAGAAUCUGACCCAGUUGUGGUUGUGAGAUUUCUAGGAACUACAGACAUGAGUACUGACCUUAGGACUCUCCUUCUAAGUGUGUGUGAACAAUUGGCAGUUAACUACCGGUGUGUGGUCCAAAGCUACCCAAAAAAGAUCCAUGACCUCCGUGACUUAUUUAUAAAUCUUUUGAAUGAGUCUUCAUUGCAGCGGCCCCUGGUGAUCAUAUUUGAUGCCCUCGAGCAACUGUCAGAGAGUGACGAAGCCAGGAAGCUUUGGUGGCUCCCUGUUCACCUUCCCCGCUUUGUCCGGAUAGUGCUCUCUGCACUGCCCAAUAAGCAUGGGAUCCUGCAGAAACUAAGGUGCCUUAUCCACGAAGAAGAUAACUACAUCGAGCUGAUUCCACGGGACAGGAAGAUGUGCAGCCAGGUCCUCAAACACCAGCUGCUGCGGGUCAAAAGGAAGGUCACAUCCGGCCAGCAGAUUUACGUGAACAAUGCAUUCUCCAAGUGCACACUGCCAAUGUUUGUGAAUCUGACCUUCAGAGAGGUGAGGCAUUGGAGAUCUCACAAAGACGUCGAUGAAUCCUCUCUCUGCUUCACCGUUCAUGAAAGCAUAGAGCAGUUAUUCUGGUCCUUGGAGAAGAAAUGUGGUCAGAAGCUGGUCUCCAGGGCUCUUGGUUACAUCACAAUGGCCAAAAUGGGUUUGAGUGAAAUGGAACUGGAGGACGUUUUGGCCCUAGACAAUAGUGUUAUGAAUGAGCUCAAUGAGAACACUAGGCCCAGCAAUCCUCUGAGAGUACCUUAUUUGUACAUUGCAAGGCUCAAGGAGGGUCUCAGUGGAUACUUAAUAGAAAGACAUGUGAAGAAUGUCACACUCCUUGUCUGGGCCAAUAGACACCUGCAGCUCAUAGCCCAGAAACUGUAUCUGCAGGACAAUAGUAACCUGCGUGAAAUGCACACCAUCCUGGCAGAUUAUUUUCUGGGUGUCUGGUCAGGGGGCAGAAGGAAAGCUUUCUGCCUUGAAGACCCCUUCUUGAAUGGCUGCCUUGACUUGGAGAGCAGAAGCUUGCUUGAAGAAGAAAAGCACUUCAUGGAGCAGGCUUCCUUUGACAGGCAGGCCCCGGACCAGCCCUGGGUUUUCCAGUGCAAUCCCCUGGAGCCUGACAUCUUUUUUGUGAAUCAUCGGAAAAUGUCCGAGCUUUUGCACCACCUGACAAGGUGUGGGAAAACCGACGACCUGCUUUACGGCAUCAUCAUGAACUUCAGCUGGCUCUAUACCAUGAUCAAAAUUGGCCAGUUCGACAAAGUGCUUUCAGACAUCGAGCUGGCUUACAACUACUCACAGGAGAAGGCGCUGAAGUUCCUGGCCAGCACCCUGCGCAGUAUCAAGAACAAGGUUGUUGUGUUUCCUGGCUCCCUCUCAGCAGAGCUUCAGCAAAGACUGCUGCCUGUUGUAAGUUCCCUACCCAAACUUCGACACCUCCUUUUAGAAUGUGACAAAGACGGACCCAAAUAUUGCUCCAUCGUGCCAUUACAUUCAUCCAUGGAUGUGACCUACAGCCCAGAGCACCUUCCCUUGUCUUCUAGUCACCUGCACGUCACAGAGAUUUUGCCUACCUGUAACCCCAGUACUGUUCUCACAGCCUUGGAAAAUGGUUCCAUCAGCACGUGGGAUGUAGAAACUCGCCAGCUCCUCAGGCAAAUCACCACAGCCCAGUCUGUCAUCCUGGGCAUGAAACUCACCAGUGAUGAAAAGUACCUUGUGGUGGCUACAACAAAUAACACCUUGUUGGUUUAUGACAAUGUAAAUUCUUGUCUCCUCUCUGAAGUGGAAAUUAAAGGAACCAAGCAUGGAAGUGGGACCACCUACAUCAAUGGAUUCACAUUGUCUGUCAACCAUGCCCUUGCAUGGCUGGAGGCCAGCAAAGAUGUCACUGUCAUCGAUCUGCUCUAUGGGUGGCCCCUUUACCAGUUCCACUGCUGGUACGAAGUGACUUGUGUCCAGUGCUCUCUGGAUGGUGUAUAUGCUUUCUGUGGACAGUACCUGAACACUACCACCAUAUUUCAUUUAGGAAGUGGAGAAAAGUUAUGUACGGUGACAUCUGAAUUUUCAGGUGGAUUCGUGAAGUUUCUUCUUAUCUUGGACACGGCUCAAGAAAUGGUCAUGGUAGACAGUGAAGGCAGCCUUUCUGUUUGGAAUACUGAGGACAUCACCAAUCCCCAACUGACCGAUGACUUUGACUGCCGAAGGGAAGAUAGCGAGGUGGUCAGCAUUGAACUUUCAGAGGACCAAAGUGCAAUUCUGAUCUGUAAAGCCCUCAGCAUCGAACUCUUAGACACUGGCAUGUGGAAGGUGGCUGAGAAGUUCAGAGCCAAGCACAAUGAGCGCUUUAUAUCUGCUGUGCUGUCCAAAAAUGGAGACUGCAUAAUAGCAACCAUGGAAAAUACCUCAGCUAUGUUCUUUUGGCGACGGGACACAGGGCAAUGCAUGGCAAGCUUACAAGAAAUUUCAGGUACCAUAGUUAAGUUGGUUAAAUCUAGUCACCACAAUAUGCUGCUAUCAUUAUCAACCAGUGGUGUUCUUUCCAUAUGGGAUAUAGACAUAAUCACAGCUAUGUCCAACAUAGAUAAGACUGGAAAACCCAUCCAAAGUCUGAUGUUACCGACUAGAGGAGAAAUAAUUUACUCCCUCGAUGGUUCUGAUUGUGUUCAUAAGUGGAAUUUUGGCAGCGGGUUCAUUGAAGCAGUGUUUAAGCAUGAAGGAAUAGUUGAACACUGUGUGUUAACAUCUUCUGGAGACAUCAUGGUAACAUCAGAUGACAAAAGCAGCCAGUACGUCUGGCACACCAGCAGUGGUGAAAACCUCUUCCGAAUUAAUGGACAGAGAAUAUCUCAGCUGCUGAUUACACACAAUGACCAGUUUGUGGUCUCACUCUGUGAGGAAAAUGCCUCCAGGGUUUGGAGACUGGCUACAGGCCACAGAGUUUGCAACAUUCUAACCACUUUGCAGAACGCCUUUAUAACAUCUGCAAAUACCUUUGUGGUUGGAAUGACCAAAAGCAAAGUGCUAGCAGUCAGUCUUUGGACAGGAAGUAUCACCAAGAAAUUUUGCUGUGAAGAUGGGACCACCAUUGUGAGUUUUAAAUUGAUCCCUGACUGUCCCGAUAUCGUGGUGUUUAUCACGUCAGCUGAGACUGUGAACAUCUGGAGCCUGACAGAUGAAGUGAUAUGCCGACGUGUGCAACUUCCAAACAACUUCUUGAAAAACCUAGAGGAUUUUGAAAUCUCUCCAAAUGGAAAGCUAGGUAUUAUAUCUCGGGGCGAUGAAAAUAUCAACGUGCUUGAUUUACACAGUGGUAAAUUACGGGUGAUUCACGCCUCUGGGAUCAUCUGGCGGCAGAGGUUGUCUCGGGAUGGCCGCUACCUGGUAUACAUUUGUUUCCGAAAUGGAGACGAGGAGGAUGAAAAUGGUGCCAUAUCCAGUUUAAUUGUAAUGAGACUGGCCGAUGGCAAAAAUAUCGGUGCUUGUUCACUUUACAAAACACCAACUUUUCUUGCACUUUCACAAAGACACUUGAACAUCAUCGUGGGCUUUGACGAUGGGAGUAUAGGGAUAUACACGGUGGUGGACCGCGUUGAUGCCGCACUGAAAAUUAAAAUCGCCACUUCAAAUAGCAGACAGAUUUUCAACAAUGCAACACAGAUAUCUAGACCAAAGUGUAACAGUUACUGUUUUAAAGUGUCUGUGGAUUGCUUAUGGAGAGAAUCCACCGAAGUCUUUGCCAGAGACAGCCCCAUCACGGUGAGUGACUCCACAGAGUCCAGUGAAGCAACACCCUCCAAGAAGCACAAUUCGUGUUAUGAGCGGGUGUGCUCUGUCCUGGAAUCCAGGAGCCACAGCUUUGCCCCCAAUAACUAACAAAAUGACUGUCUUGGUCAGUGGGAAUACAUGAUACACGUACAAAAGGAAAAACUGUGUCUUCUAUAUCCCAAAUGAUAAACUGUUUCUUAAAAGGCAGGAAAGAUGCUCUAGGAAAUGUACAGAAACAGGAAAUUGGUUUUGGUUUCAGUCUCUGUCCAAGUUUAUCCAUGAGUGAAUUCUUGACAGAGAAUUCCUAGAAAUAGUAUUUAAAUGGCUACUUCACCUGGAAGUUAUAGGUUAGUUUUAAAAUUAGCUGUGUGGUAAGAAGCAGAAUAAUUUCUCCCAUUGGUUCAGAUAAGAGAGGCUAGAGUUGUAGUGACCACUUGGACUCAAAUUAGUUCUACAAAAGUGAGUUGAAAUCAUGACAGAGAGUCGUUUGACUUCAAAUGAUUGUGUGGACAUAAAUAAAUACAGCCUUAAUCUCUCCCUCUUUUACAAUCCUGAAAACUGUGUAAACCCAGUCUGUAUAUGGAAGGUAUAAAGGUGCAAAAUAGUGUAACAAAAAUGCCCAGAUGUAUUUCCCAUUUGCCAAGUGAAACACGAGGCCAUGAACUAGACUGGGACUAGAACUAACCACCACUAUCAUAGGGCUACUGAACAUGGAGAGUCAGUCUUCAUUAAAAUACAGUUGCAGCAAUUGCAUGCAAGGGGUUCUGUACAAUGGAAAAUAUGAUUUUUAAACUAUUUCCUGGGUUGCAAAAGAAUAUGUUUAUUAAGAAACCACUAUCUUUUCUUGUCUCUUUUGAAAUGCAUAUUUGUGCCAGCUAUAAAGAAGAAACAUGGAAAGGGCAUUACAAAUUUGGUCAAAACACCUGUUCACUUCUAUCAUUGUACUAACAGAAGUCUGUACUAUUCAGACAGUUGUAUGGAAGCAUAAAUUAUUUCCUAAAUCCCUACAGUAAAUCUUAAUAGAAAGUAAGCUUUCUCGACAUGCCAUGUAUGAAAUACUGAAGACAUUUGCCUUACUCUCAUUCCUCCUCUUUCCUGUGGAAAAUGCAGAUAGAUGACCAAAUACUCUGGGACAAACUGAAUAUGCCUAUCUUUGUGCUAAAAUAUUCCAUAAAUCUUAAGGGUGUCCAAAGGUUCUUUAUUGUCUCAGUUUGUAACUACUUUCUUACUUCUACAUACUGUAUGUAUGCUUCUUUAUCUGUUACAUUCUUGCUUGAGGACUGUUCUGAGCCUUUUCUAGUGUUAUACGUUUCAAAGCAGAAGCUGUGAAAUGGUAUUAAAUGUUUUUUAAACUAUUCACCUAUUUAAUAGAAAAUAUUACAUCCCAAAUGGUGAAAGUGAUUUCCUCCCUUCCACAUCCUCCACAUGGCAUGUCCUUGGAUAACUUCUCAAUGGGCAUCAGUAAUGGUGGUUUGGUUGGUUUGGUUUACUUUGGUUUGAACGCUGCAACAGUGACUUGAGUAGGCAGAAUAAUGAACAAGGAACUGACUUGCUUUCAGUCCAGCUCUGCCCUGAACUCAUCAGGUAUCCAUAGACAGGUCUUUACCUCCCCAGGGUAUUGCUUUUGUAAACUGCAGAAUAAAGGUAGGUAGCGAUAGCUUCUACUGCAGCCCUCGUAUGAAUGUUGGGGAGCUACAUAACAGAGAAUACUGGGACAUCUUGUUUAUUGAUGCUUAUGGGAGAAACAAAGUGAUUGAACCCAUAGAGAAGCCAAGUCAUUUGUAUUUCACUCUGGAAAGCAGUGUGACACAUAAGCAUUCAAAGAUGUAAUUCAGAAAUAAAUAUCCCACCCCAUGGUGAAAGACUUUUUCAGUGUGUUCCUCCUAGUCUAGCUACUAUACUAAUCAGGUAGAUGGUAGCCCAAAAAUGCCCAAACCCAUGUACAGAUCACCUGGAGUUGAUUGUAUGAAUCAGUCCUUUUUUAGCUCUUCAGAGACAACACACUUAUUCCUGUCAUUAUCUGGUGGACCUCAAUGCCACACAUUUCUAAGAAUUAAAUGCCUAAUAGAUGGAUUAAAUGUAGUAUGUGAAUGUUCCAUGUAAAAGCCAAUAGAAUAUAACAAGUGACUUGAAUGACAUUUCUUAACUUGUUUGCAAUUGAUAGCUCAGAUUGAAUGUUUUUACGUACACUUUGUAUUGUUGGGAAGAAUUACCCAAUCAGAGAUUUAUAUUUUCAUAAAUGUUACAUUUAGUUAAAUUUUG